AUGGCUGAUAGAUCUCGGUUCUCGGCUGAAGUCCUGCUAAUGGACGACAGAUUGGCCCUCAUACACAUUCCAAUAGACCUAUAUCCUUUUUUCGUGAGCCCGAUUCUUCGACUUCUCUUCCAUGAUGGAGAAAGCGAGAUAUCGUCAAAAAGCUCGGCCGGUUUUGUGAAUAUAUCAAUUACUCCUGUUGAGUGCUCUAUAAUUUGCUCCCGAGAGCUUGCAGAUCUCUACUUCAUUCCCAUGGUAGAAGGAUUCGAGAGAGCAGCCAUAUCAACACACGGCAAAAUUCAAAUCAGUUCAGAAGACUAUCUGGUCAUGCAGGUAGAAGGGCAGGGUCUUGAUGCUGGGCAGCGUGUGGUAGAACUCACCAGCCCUCUUGCAAUGGCUGGGAUCUCCAUAUUUUUCAUUUCAACUUAUUUCUCCGACUAUAUCAUUGUCCCCAAACACUCGAAACAACAAGUGACAGAGACCUUCGUUGAGAGGGGAUUUAAUGUCGAAGAAGGGCCAGUCGACCCUGAUAGCAGACGGGGUUCGUCCCCUAAUAUUCAUAUACCCAACUCCAGGCCAGAUACUCCGCCUCCAUGCAGCGUAUCAGAGCUCCAGUUACGGGCUUUCAAAACGCUCAAGCAGCACAACGUUCGACCGCAGGCUGAUCGGUCCCUGCGGCUAGUCCAGUGUGCAGCACAUUAUAGAGAAUACACAGGGACAAAGUCUUACUCGAUUCUCCGGCCUAACCUGAUAUCCGCCCUCCUGAACGAUAACCCACGGUUUUUCUCCCUAACAAUAGCAGCCACAGACCCUGCGCCGUCGCUGCUUCUGGAAGAGCGGCUGUUGCCCCGUUUUUCUCUUCCAAGUGACCCUGACAGAGAGCCGUCGUCACCAGUAGAGGAAGACACCAAUCUACUGCUAGGUUCAAAGGACGAGACCCUAAUUGCUAUCACUCUCGACUUGCGGGAACUGCCCCUAGAAGCUGCUGGUAUUGUUUCAGGUGUAGCCAGCGCAUUAGUUGCGGGCGCGCUGGUUGCGGGCACACGCCGGGAAGGUAGUGGUAGCAACAAAGACCUAGAAACCAGUUUCCUUAGUACGUCCCGUGCUGGGAAUGUUAUUGUCCGCGAGGAAGAGCUUGAGUUAGCAAUGGAGUGCUUGGAGGCAGAAUUUUAA